UAUUAUACAAAAAUAGAAGUUAUGGAAUACCAACAAAUUUAGCGUAAAUUUGAAUACUCGUACUUAGUUUCGUUGGUCAUAAUGAGUCUUUCUGUGAAUUUCAACACCCAUUCUAAAGCACUUUCGUCAACUUAUCAAUCUGUUCUUAAUGGCGAUAAAGAAACAAGCUGGGUGCUUUAUGGUUAUGACAAGGGAAACAACGAUUUGAAAGUUUUAGAAAAAGGAGCCGGAGGACUUGAAGAAUUGGUGGAAGAAUUUAACGAUGGAAAAAUUCAAUAUGCUUUUGUUAGAGUGAUAGAUCCAAAUACUGAAUUACCGAAGUUUGUUCUUAUCGGCUGGUGUGGUGAAGGGGUACCGGAAAUCAAAAAAGGAUUGUUCAAUUCACAUUUUAACGAAGUUUCAAAGUUCCUAAAGGGUUAUCAUCUCCAAAUUAAUGCCAGAUCAGAAGAUGAUGUUGAUCCAGAAUAUAUAAUGAAACGUAUUAAUGAAAGCGGUGGUUCUAAAUAUUCAAUUAAUACUAAUAAGGAAAAGUCGAGAAAGGAGGAUCCAAUUUUACCUGUUCAUUCUGCAUAUGAACCAGUAAAAAUUCCAGAUAUUACUGCGUUACAACGACAAGCUCCUCGUGAAGCAAUUAAGCCUGUUGGUUCGGUGUAUCAACCCGUUCAACUUCCAAAACCAAAACCGCUUGGUACACGAUCAACGUGGACAACCCCCGCCGAGGAACCAUUACCGUCUGGAUCAUCUCCAGCAGAAUUAAAAGCACUUAGAGAACGCGAUCGCGCUGAGAAGGAACGUGAAAGAAUAGAACGCGAAGAGAAAGAACGUGAAAACAAAGAACGCGAAAGAAUAGAACGUGAAAAGAAAGAACGUGAAAGAAUAGAACGUGAAGAGAAUGAACGUGAAGAGAAUGAACGUGAAGAGAAUGAACGUGAAGAGAAUGAACGUGAAGAGAAUGAACGCGAAGAGAAUGAACGCUUAGAAGCUGAGCGAUUGGAAGCAGAACGCCAAGAAGAGGCUGCCCGUAGAGAACAAGCAGAACGCGAAGAACAAGACAGAAUCAGACAUGAGAGAGAAUUAAGACAACGCGACAUAGAAGAAGAAAGAUCAAUAAAAGCUAAAGAAGAUCAGGAAAGAAUGGAGAAGGCUCGUAAGGAGAAAGAAGAAAGAGAGAAACGGGAACGAGAAGAAGAAGAAAGACAGAGACUAGAAUUUGAACGCGAACAAGAGCAAGAAGCUGCACGUCUUCAACUCGAGCAAGAACAACAAUUGGCCCAGACCACCACAAUUUCUGCUGAAUCAGCUGAUAGUAUAACAGCAAUAGUUCAAUAUUCUUAUGAUGCUAGUGAAGACAAUGAAAUGUCGCUAUUAGAAGGUGAAAUUAUUAGAGAUAUUAUCCAAUUAGAUGAAGGAUGGUGGCAGGGUACUAGUGCGGAUGGAUCCAGGUCUGGGCUUUUUCCAGCAAACUAUGUCGAAAUUAUUGAGAAUGUGCCUGAACAAGUUGAAGAAGUUGAAGCUGAACAACAACAAACAGUUGAUUCGGUACAAGAACAACACACUGCUAAAGCAAUAGCAUUAUACGAUUAUUCUGCAAGUGAAGAAAAUGAAAUCUCAUUUUCGGAUGGAGAUAUUAUCACAGACAUUGAAUUUGUUUCAGAAGAUUGGUGGAGAGGCAAAGCUCCUGACGGGACAGUCGGUUUAUUCCCAGCUAAUUAUGUGGAAUUACAGAAUUCAUAAUAGUGUAUUUGGAUACUUGGUAGAUUUUAUUAAAUUAAUUUAUAAUAAAAAUUGUAUAAAUUAUAACUUUAUUUCACGUGGUGCU